AUGGCCGACUCGCUGACCUCCCGUGCCUACUUUGACAACAUCUACAUCCCCGCCGGACUUCUCGUCCUCGGGGUGACGAUUGUCAAGAGCGAAUGGCUCAUCUACGCCAUUCCGCUGACGCUUGCGCUCGCUGCGUGGAAGUUCAACUCUAUGCAAAUCAAGAAGGUCCUCAAGCCGGAUGUCUUCCAGGACUUUGAGCUCAAGGAGAAGACCAUCCUCUCCCACAACACUGCCAUCUACCGGUUCGGCCUCCCCUCCGAGAAGAGUGUUCUUGGCCUUCCCAUCGGCCAGCACAUCUCCAUCGGCGCCAACUGCCCCCAGCCCGAUGGCACCUCCAAGGAGAUCGUGCGCUCCUACACUCCCAUCUCUGGCGACCACCAGCCCGGCUACUUUGACCUCCUGAUCAAGUCCUACCCCACCGGCAACAUCUCCAAGCACAUGGCCUCCCUCAAGGUUGGCCAGACGCUCAAGGUCAAGGGUCCCAAGGGUGCCUUCGUCUACACCCCGAACAUGGUCCGUCACUUUGGCAUGAUCGCCGGAGGCACCGGUAUCACCCCCAUGCUCCAGAUCAUCCGUGCUGUCAUUCGUGGCCGUGCCGCAGGUGACAAGACCCAGAUCGACCUCAUCUUCGCCAACGUCACGCCCCAGGAUAUUCUCCUCAAGGAGGACCUCGAUGCUCUCGCCAAGGAGGACAGCGGCUUCCGCGUGCACUACGUCCUGGACAAGCCCCCUCAGGGCUGGACCGGUGGCGUUGGCUACGUCACCGCCGACAUGAUCACCGAGCUCCUGCCCAAGCCGGCCGACGAUGUCAAGAUCCUGCUCUGCGGCCCCCCGCCCAUGGUCAGCGGUCUCAAGAAGGCUACGGAGAGCCUGGGUUUCAAGAAGGCUCGCCCCGUCAGCAAGCUCGAGGACCAGGUCUUUGCCUUCUAA